UCCUCUGCCUCCUCUCCCCCUCCAAUCGUUGCGGAUGUGAUUGUUUUGUCUAUCACACAGGGCAAAGUGGAAGACGGCUCUUGGCUGGGGUGGAGGGAAGAGAGAGACACGCAGUGGGUCCAGGAGCCUGCUGCAGCCGGAUGCCUGUCUGGACUGCUGCAGGCAGAGGACUCCGAAGAGAAGGCUGCCCGAGAAGGCUUGGAGGGGCAGCCCGGAGCACCACCCAGACCCAUGCUGCCGCCACUGAUCCUCUCUCUGCUCUCUGUCCUGGCAGAAGGGGCCAGCCUGCAGCCAAUCCGAAUGAGCCACCUGGGCGUGUGCCCCAACCAGCUGAACCCCAACCUCUGGGUGGAUGCGCAGAGCACCUGUGAGCGGGAGUGCCACGUGGACCAGGACUGCGAAGGCUUUGAGAAAUGUUGCACCAACGUUUGUGGCCUGCGGAGCUGCGUGGCCGCCCGCUACGCGGACGGAGGCCUCUCCUCCCUGGAGCAGGUGCAGGAAGCCACCUGCGAGAGCUUUGUGUGCACCCAGCAGGGCUCGGACUGUGACAUCUGGGAUGGGCAGCCCAUCUGCAAGUGCAAGGACAGGUGCGAGAAGGAGCCGAACUUCACCUGCGCCUCGGAUGGACUCACGUACUACAACAAGUGCUACAUGGACGCCGAGGCCUGCAUCCGGGGCAUCAGCCUCGCCGUGGUGCCCUGCAAGUACAUCUUCACCUGGCCCAACACCAGCCCAGUGCCAGUGGAGACCACCGCGCACCCGACCCCUGGCGCAGCCGCCGAGCUGCCCGUCCCGCCGGCCCUCUACAACAACCCUUUCCACCAGUCGGUCUACAUGGGCGGCACCGUCAGCUUCCACUGCGACGUGAGUGGGCGGCCCCGGCCAGACAUCACGUGGGAGAAGCAGAGCGACCACCAGGAGAACUUCAUCAUGCGGCCCGACCAGAUGUAUGGAAAUGUGGUUGUGACCAACAUCGGCCAGCUGGUCAUCUACAACGCGCAGCCGGAGGACGCGGGCAUCUAUACUUGCACGGCCAGGAACUCUGCAGGGCUCCUGCGGGCGGACUUCCCUCUCUCGGUCAUCAAGAGGGAGCACUCCAGAGGGGGGCCGAGGGCAUCCAGCCCCCCACAGCUUCCCCCGGGUGAGUGCCUGAAGGAGCCGGACAGGCAGGACUGCGAGUCCUACCAAGUCCGCUGGCAUUUUGACCCCAAGAAGGGCUCUUGUGUCACGUUCCAUCACGGCGGGUGCAGCGGCAACCAGAACCACUUCGACACCUACGAGGAGUGUCAGCUGGCCUGCGUCCACAACGCGGGCAACCUCUGUACCCUCCCCAUGGUCCAAGGGCCCUGCAAGAACUGGGAGCCGCGCUGGGCCUACAACCACCUGAUGAAGCAGUGCCACUCCUUCAUUUACGGCGGCUGCGAGGGCAACGAGAACAACUUCGACAGCAAGGAGAGCUGCGAGGACAUCUGUCCUUUCCCCAAGACACCGCAGUGCAAAGCGUGUCGCCUGAAGAACAAGAUGGUCCUCAGCCUCUGCCGCAGCGACUUCGCCAUUGUGGGGCGGCUCAUGGAGAUCGUCGAGGACCAGGACUCGGGGAUCGCCCGCUUUGCGCUGGAUGAUGUCCUCAAGGAUGAGAAGAUGGGCCUCAGGUUCUUCAACAUCAAGUACCUGGAGGUGACUCUGACCGACAUGGACUGGAAUUGCCCCUGCCCCAACAUGACCACUGAAGAUGGGCCCCUCAUCAUCAUGGGGGAGGUGCACGACGGCAUGGCGGUUCUUGACCCCAACAGCUACGUCCGGACCGCCAAUGACAAGCGCGUGAAAAAGAUCGCCGAGCUACUAGAGAAGAAGACCUGCGAGCUUCUCAACCGCUUCCAGGACUAGUGUAGGCCGAGCACCCCUUCGUGGAGAAGGGAAGACAGUCCAGAAUGGUCCCUCCCUGAAGAUGCACCGUUCUCUUUCCAUACCGCUGCAGCUACACAGGACUGGGCUGGAGACAGGCAGGGCUAACUCUAGCACCCCUGGAAGCCCUGCGUGUCCCCAAUGCAGGGACACGUGGAGGCGUGCAAGUCCAGCUCCCCUCCGCCCCUUUGGCCAGCUCCAUGGAUCACCCUCUUGUCUGCAAAUAUUUACAGCUAUUAUCACAAUCCUGUGACUGUGAGCUCCAUUAUGCCUGUAACUACCUAUCGUCUGUUUUUGUGUGAGCUGUAAUUUAUCUGUCCCUGUGAUUUCCACCCCGCUCCACUCCCCUGCUGCUCCAGCCUAUGCAGAAUCAAUAAAAUUAUCCUGUGCUUAUU